AUGGCGAAAGGGGGCCGGAGUAGCGGCAACGGCAAGAAGGAUGGGGGAUCAACUGCUGCGAAUCUCUCCGACCUGCCUGCUCCUUCCACGUCCCCCGAUACCCCGGCGACGGCCGCGGCUGCUCUUCUGCAUCAGCAGCUUCCGCCAUUCCUCAGCAAGUGCUAUGACAUGGUGGACGAUCCGUCCACCGAUGCGACGGUGUCGUGGAAUGAUACGGGCAAUAGCUUCGUGGUGUGGGACCCCCACAAUUUCGAGAGCGUCCUCCUCCCCAAGUACUUCAAGCACAAUAACUUCUCCAGCUUCGUGCGGCAACUUAACACCUACGUGAGGCCACCCUACAACCCAUUUUAUGAGGGAUCCUAGUUUUGGAGAUCGAUUUAUCUGCGAAUUCCCGGGUGAUUGCAUUGGAUUUUCCCCCUUCUCCCUACUUAUAUUAUCAUUUUUGUUACUGAUAUCGUCAGUAGCUAUCGAAUUUUUCUGGUCAAGAACUACAUGAUGAUAUUCCAGUUUCAUAUUUCCGAUUUGAUGAUCUGUAAGGAACAUGAAACUUUUGUCACCGAUUGUGCUGGCCAUUGUCGUAAUAUUAGGCAAUUUCAUGCUGCCAAUCUUCGAUCAGUACCAGCUGCUUCAUUACUUCUGUUGGAUGCAAUAGUUAUUUAUUUUUCUAUAGAUAAUUUAUUCCUUCUGCUGGGCAUCUUCUUACUCUCAAUUACUUCUCUGUUUCUUUUUUGUAUACGAGAUUUAUCCAUUCUCGAUGGCAUCUGUAGCGCUUGAUUUGUCCACAUUAGCUUUCGCUUGCCAUUCAUGGCGGACCUUUCCUUCCUGGCUACUUUCAUGAGAACCUACUGUGUUCUUCUCAUUCAUCCAGAUUGCCGAUGAACUGAUAUGAUUCUUACCAUACUUACUGAAAAAUGGCUUUGGUACAAAGUCCAAUGUGCUUGGGUUGCAAUACUUUGACCAUCAUACCCUCUAAUCUAUGGUUUUUGAUUAUAAUGAAUGCAAUAUUUUUUUCCAUUUCAUGUGAAAUGCGGCGGCAGGGGUUUCAUAAGGUCAACCAUGAUCGGCUGGAGUUUGCAAAUGAGGGCUUUCUGAGAGGUCAGAAGCAUAUUCUGAAGAGCAUACUCAGAAGGAAACCUGUGCAGAGUGGCUCCCACUUGGUUUCCCAGAAGGGAAACAAUAGCGCCCCAUCUCAGGCGUGCAUUGAGGUCGGAAAGUUUGGGUUGGAGGAAGAGAUCGAGAGGCUGAAGAGAGACAAGGCCGUUCUAAUGCAGGAGUUGGUGAAGCUGAGGCAGCACCAGCAGAGCACAGAGAACGAGCUGCAUCACGUGAGAGAUCGAAUUCAGCUGAUCGAGCAGCAGCAGCAGCAGAUGCUGUCGUUCCUCGCGAUGGCCGUCCAGAGUCCGGGAAUUCUGAGUCAGCUCGUCCAACAGAGCGGGAGCAGCUGGUUGAUAUUCGAAGCUAACAAGAGGAGGAGGCUUCCGGCUCUAGAACAGGGCGCAGACUCUCUCGGGGCGUCAGCUGAAGGCCAGACAGACAGUUACCCUCCUGCCGUCGCCCAAAAGUCAGAGCUUGAGGCCUUCUCUGCGCUGGGUCAACUGUCGAAUGGGAUCAACGACCUGAUUUUGGCUAAAGACGGCGCAUCUUUGGAGACGGGUCCGACUGUGCCCACAGAUGAGAGAUUUCUGAUGGAGAUUCCCGAUGUUGAGGACGUGGAUUUUGACUGGUUUCAGCUUCUAGACGAUCCUACGCCAGAUUCAACUGGCAUUGACUUUUCAGACGUUGAGUUGGAUUUCGAGCUACCAGAGGGUGAGAUCAAUUUGGAGCAAGCAGCUCCUGUUCUACCGGAGGAAAUUGUAACGGUGGGAGACCAGGCACUGUCUUCUGAUAAUAAUAGCAGCUGA